UGGUGAAAUCGAUAGCUAUCAAUCGACGAACAACAACAAAGAAAAAAUAAGUUUAUCAAAACACAUCAAAAUUAGACAAUUAGGAAGUUUCUCUCGGCCUAAAAAUGGCACACAACUACUUGCAGCCAGUACAUGACCACUUUGACGACGUGGACAGAUUCGAGGAUGUCGACGAUGACCUUUUUCUCCAAAACAAAAGAACUGGAGCUCCCAAGAUUCCGCAGCAGAGGAGCACAAAUCCUUUCGAGAUUGAGGACGACGACGAUGAUGAGUUAACCAUGUCGCCCUCGGUGUCCGCUCAACGUUUGGCCUAUGCGGAAAAACGAAGGGCCAUCGAGCAGCGAACUCUGGACUCCACCAACAAGAGCUUGGGUCUGCUUUACGAGACCCAGGAGGUGGGUAAGGCCACUGCAGUGGAGCUGGCUAAGCAGCGGGAGCAGCUGGAGAAAACCUCGCACCAACUGGAUGAGAUCAACUCUACGUUGCGCUUCAGCCAGCGUCACUUGACUGGGCUGAAGAGCGUCUUCGGCGGACUGAAAAACUACCUCUCCGGUAACCGGGACCAUCCCUCCACUGCCGCUGGAUCACCUACCGCUAGUCAGUCCUCCCAGGAGGCAAAUAGCAACAUUGAUUUGGGCGCCUGUGGCGGGGUAAGCCCACCUGGACCGCUCUCACCAGCCGAGCGUUACGAAAAUCACCCGGUUAGCCAGAUGCGCGGUGACCCCAGCAGCACCUAUCAUCCUCAGCGGCAGACGGGCAAUCCCUUCCAGGCCCAGAUUGACGCCAAUCUAGAGGAGAUGUGCAGUAAUCUGUCGGUGCUCAAGAUGCUAGCCACUGAUUUGGGCGGUGAAAUCGAGUCGCAGAACGAACUGCUGGAUAAUAUGAACUACAAAAUCGAGGACGUUGACUUGAAGAUUCACAAGCAGAACAAGGACAUGAGCAAGCUUCUGAAGAAGUGAGCCCGUAUUCGUCGCGAUACAUUCAUAGAAUAGCCUCCCUUAAAUAUACAGAUCAUAGUUAUACCAUGUCGCAUGAUUGGAGCACACCAUUAGGCCAUUUCAAAUGCAUUCCUCAUUGUUUUUUAGUUUUUUAUUGUUACACGAAUCGGUAAAGAGCGAUAAGUGUCCAGUUUUGAAUAAAAUGCAUACAAAACAAAAGAGAA